UGUAUGGGAUCACAACAAAGUGGACAAGAGAGCGCUGAUUGCAUUUAAAAAAACAUAAAUAAAUAACUCAUAAAAAGUUAAUUGUGUACGUUCACUACGUUGACUAAUAUGAUUUCGUGUUAGUCUUUUGAAACUUCCAAUCCAGUGUGAUCGGUGCUUAAAGGCGCGAUGGUUUGCUGUUGCUACUUCGUUUGGUCGGCGGUUCUUGCCGUAUUGGCUCUGGUGAUAAGUCGCCACAGUCGCUGGUUCUACAUAGCUGGUGUGACGAUAAAACGGGAUUUGACUGCACUGUGGGCAUACGGAAAACUGCUUUUACUAAUCAAAAAAUGCGAAAGGAAAAAUUUAACAAUAGCGGACAUAUUUGAGUUAAAUGUAGCAAAAAAUCCUCACAAAACGAUUAUCGUGAGUGACACCCAAAAUUGGACAUUUAAGCAAUUACAUGAGUACUCCAAUCAAAUCGCUAAUGCAUUCCGUACCCAAGGUUAUAAAAAAGGAGAUGUCGUCGGUCUACUGCUUGAAAAUCGUGCUGAAUUUGUCGGAAUUUGGAUUGGCUUAUCAAAGCUUGGUGUAAUAACACCACUUAUCAAUACAAACUUACGUGGUCCUUCGCUACUGCAUAGUAUAACUGUGGCUAAUUGUGGUGGUUUAAUUUAUGGAGACGAUUUCGUGGAUGCAAUUAAUGCUAUUAAAAAAGAAAUACCCGCUAAUGUUGUACUCUACCAGUUAAACGAUGAUCCGAAUAAAGCUGUAUCUGCUGAAGCAAAAAGCUUGACAGUAUUACUGAAGGAUGCUCCCAAGCAAGCUUUUAGGGCUAUUGAUCGUCCAAAUCAUCAUGACAAAUUAGUUUAUAUAUACACAUCUGGUACAACGGGCUUACCGAAGGCAGCUGUAAUAACUCAUUCCAGAUAUUUAUUCAUCGCUGCUGGCAUUCAUUACACUUUAGAUUUUCAACAUGAAGAUGUAUUCUACACUCCAUUGCCAUUGUAUCAUACAGCUGGUGGUAUAUUGAGUAUGGGUCAAGGUUUAUUGUUUGGUUCCACCGUUGCGAUACGUAAGAAGUUUUCUGCUUCCGGUUAUUUCGCGGAUUGUGCGAAAUUUAAGUGCACUGUCAGCCAAUAUAUUGGUGAAAUGGCUCGUUAUAUACUUGCAACACCAGCGUCUGAAAACGAUCGUAAGCACAAAGUGCAUUGUGUCUUCGGUAAUGGCUUGCGUCCACAAAUUUGGCCACAAUUCAUUAAGCGCUUCAACAUAGCAAAAGUAGGUGAAUUUUAUGGUGCUACGGAAGGAAAUGCAAAUAUCAUGAAUAAUGACAGCACAGUUGGUGCUAUUGGAUUUGUGUCUCGUAUAUUACCUUGGAUUUAUCCCAUUUCAAUUAUACGUGCUGACCCCGAUACCGGGGAACCAAUACGUGGUAAAGACGGUUUAUGUCAACUUUGUGAGCCAAACGAACCUGGUGUAUUCAUUGGUAAAAUUAAGAAAGGAAAUCCUUCUCGCGCGUUUUUAGGCUAUGUAGAUGCUAAAGCUUCCGAAAAGAAAGUUGUGCGUGAUGUAUUUAAAAAAGGUGAUAUGGCGUUCUUGUCUGGAGAUUUACUUGUUUCCGAUGAAAGAGGAUAUUUGUUCUUUAAGGAUCGCACAGGAGAUACAUUCCGUUGGAAGGGUGAAAAUGUAUCAACCAGUGAAGUUGAGGCACAAGUAAGUAAUGUGGCUGGCUACAAAGACACAAUUGUUUAUGGAGUUACAAUUCCGAAUACUGAGGGCCGCGCUGGAAUGGCUGCAAUUUAUGACCCAGAGAAGCAGGUCAAAUUAGAUGAAUUUGCUGACAAUCUUUCCAAAGUAUUGCCUUCAUAUGCUAAACCUCAAUUUUUGCGUUUUCUUACUAAAAUCGAUUUGACGGGAACUUUUAAGCUGCGAAAGGUUGACUUACAAAAGGAGGCUUUUGAUCCAAACGUUAUAAAUGAUGCACUUUUUUAUUUGACUCCUAAAGGAAAGUAUGAAGCACUUACUAAAGAGAUCUACGAUAAGAUUAGUCGAAAUGAAGUUAGAUUUUAAAAAAAUUUUGCAAAUUAUGUAAAAUGUGUUGCCAAUUUAAUUUUAAUUCUUACCUGGUUAAUGAUGUUUUGUUUUGUUAUCUAGUAAAUAUGUUAAAUAUUAAUGUAAAAAGAAUUAAAAACGAAUUCCUCAGUCACUUAAGACUGGACUUAUUGUUGUUAAAUGUAUUUAUAGGUAAUUUGAAUGUUUUGAGGGCCAAAGCGGGUGCACUAAAGAUUACUUGUAAAUUUUGUAUAUUUUGAAGGAGCACAUUAAAAUAUGAUAUAUAUUUAUAUAUAAAUAGAUAUUUACAUAUAUGUAUUAAUUAUUUUUGUAAUGAUUUUAUUUUGAUACAGAAUCUUAAAUUGUUGCAGUACUGAUUAUUAUUAAUGCUGUGAGCUAUAUUAUGUAUAGACUUCAA